AUGUUAUUCCGAAAAGAUCCAUGUGGAAUUAUAUGUAUUGUAUUAACAUAUGCGAUGCUGUUACAUUGUCUUUAUGCUAUUCUAUUUGUUAUUAUUAUACCAUUAUUAAAUGAAAGUUUAUAUGGUACAUUACAUGCUUUAAUUACUUGUACAUUUAUUUCUCUGUGUAUAUUUUCACAUGCUCGUGCUGCUUAUUUUGAUCCAGGCUUUGUGCCUUUACCAAAAAAAGGAAUUGAUUUUUCGGAUGUCAAAAUGAAUGAUAAUAAUAAGGACAAUAGUGACGGUUGGACAAUUUGUAAUCGUUGUGAUACAUAUAGACCAGCUCGUUCACAUCAUUGCAGGAUUUGCAAAAGAUGCGUUCGAAGAUUAGAUCAUCAUUGUCCUUGGAUUAAUAAUUGUGUUGGUGAAUUCAAUCAAAAAUAUUUUAUUUUAUUUCUUUUUUAUAUCGGAGUUACUAGCAUCUAUGUAUUUUCAUUUGUAAUUUGGUCAUUAAUUAUUUUUUCACAGAAAUCUGACUCACUAAUAGUUCAUUCAAUAAUACUUUGUAUUGAAUCAUGUUUAUUCGGUUUAUUUGUUGUUACAAUUUUCGUUGAUCAAGUUCAGUCAAUAUUAAACGAUCGAAGUUUAAUUGAUACAUUAAAAUUAGAUGAAAGUUCUCGUAUGACACCACAAAUAUUACCAUCAGCAAGAGUUUUACUAAGAAAAGUUUUUGGACCUGGUCCAAUAUUGCUAUGGUUAUUACCAUGUGAUUUGAAAAAAUCAAAUGAAACACUCGACUUACAAAAUAUGCAUAAUGUUUAA